AUGAACGUAUUCCUGUUGGCCAUACAAAGCAACAUGUCUGGCCACGGCGGCACAACCAAUGGCACCUGGGACGGCGUCGUCCCACCCAAAUGCGCCCCCAACCCGUCGAUCCUCAGCCUGGCCCCAAACCUCACGUGGGUUCCCGCGGUCGAGCCACUCCACAGGGACAUCAACGUGAACAUCACGUUCGGGGUGGGCCCCGGGAUGUUGUUUGCCAAUUCGGUACUGGCCAAAGACCCGAGCGUCGGCAUGGUGGGAUUGGUGCCCUGUGCAUUAGGCGGGUCCAAAAUAAGUAGUUGGGGUCAGGGGAGUUCUUUAUAUGAUCGGUUAGUGAGCAGGGCUAGAGCUGCCAUGCAAGGCGGAGGGAAGAUCCAGGCGAUGCUAUGGUAUCAGGGGGAGAGUGAUACGGAAUUACAAGACGACGCGGAGUUGUACAUGGGGCAACUAGUGAAGUUCUUUCAGGAUCUAAGCUGCGAUCUCGAGUCUCCUUCACUACUAAUAAUACAGGUUGCAUUGGCAUCAGCACAAGGCCCUUUUCUUGAGCAAGUGAGAGGAGCCCAGUUGAGAUUAGACCUUGAAAAUGUGAAGUGUGUUAAUACCCAGGGAUUGGAGCUGGAACCCGACGACUUGCACCUAACCUCUCGAGCAAAGGUUCAACUCGGUAUGAUGUUGGCCGAUUCAUUCCUCCAUACCCGGUCAAGCCCCCCUUGA